UGAAAAUAAAACACAGGAAAAAUGUUCGCUGAGUGAAGAAGUAAUUGCGACAGAAAAUUUAGAAAUUCCUAAUUAAAUUGAAGUUAUUAAGAGGAUCGAACCAAAUUUAUUCACUCUCAAACAUUUUGACGGAUAUUAGUGUAGGAAAAAACAAGAAAUAGAGGACAAUAAGGCACUCGAGAAAUUUCAUCUACUCGAUAAGAAAAAGGCGCCACCACCACCAUUUACGGGAACGGUAAUAAUAAGUUAAACAGCCAAAUAGGACAAGUAAAGGAUCUGUGAAAGCUAAACGUUUAGCUAUUAGUAUUUGCAGAAAUGCCUCGUAUGUUUGCCAAUGAAUUUGUGUACUCUUCAACCUCCGAUGAUCGUUACAAUGAGUUUAUGGCCAAUGCAUCAUCGCCCCCAUUGCCACAGUAUGUAGCACAGGGGCAACAUGGUCAACAGCAUCAACAUCACAAUCAACUUCCAUCUUCAGCUUUAACCUCUUCAACUUCUAUGCAUGAAGCUAGAAAUUCCAAAUCCAGAUCUCGCAGUCCACCACAGCCGCAUGUACAGGCAUCUAACCAAUCCAGUGAUGAAGCGCAAAAUGCUAGUCCAGAAAUACAGCAGCAUAUUCACACAAUUUCUUCUAACGACAGUCUGGAGGAGGAGCAACAGCAGAGUUUUGAUGAAUAUCAGGCUAUGAAGGCGGGACCAGUAGCCAGUGUUAGUUCAAAUGAUGCCGAAGAUUUCGAAGGCUUUGAAGAUGACGUCACACCUUCGCAAUAUAAACGGAAUAUACUGGAUCACAAAAGAUUUCAUUUGAAACGUCAAUAUAAGAAAGAUUGUCUAGAGGAUUCAGAAGGUGCGGUGGAGGCAAUUGAAGUUGAGGAUGACGAUGAGGUUGUUGAAAGAAUCGAUGAUCAAAUUAUUUUAAGGCCAGGAAUGGAUAAGACACCUAUUAGAAAACAAAAUAAUGCUGUAUGUUAUCCUCACACACCGAAUAAACGUAAAAAACAACAGCGCGAACGAGGAGGUAUUGCAACAACACCACCGCAUAUAAAAACUCCACCUGAUCAAAUCUUCGAAAUUAAUUCCGAUUCGACUACAAUAUCUCAGAAGCAAAAACGCAAACUAAUCAAUGAAAAAUUCGAACCGUAUUUUAUUCUGAACGAACAUUACAAAAAUCUGGACAAUGUUGCAGCCGCAGCAGCUCCUAAUAAAUGCUCAACUGAGUCCACCAGUGAGUUCCCAGUCAGCUCGCCCUCAAAUCCACAACAACCACGCGGUAGUGGAAAAUACCCGCCAAGGCCGCCGCUACUCAAAAACACACUGCCAGGCGAUUCAUUUGAACGUCAAUUGGCCAUGAUAACAGCAUACAAUCCGCAAAUGACUUUGAUGGAGAAAAUCGAUGGCUGGCGUUGUGACGAUGAAUGCAGCGAUGUGGAAGAUGUCAGCUUAUUUGAUCAGGAAUUCAAGCGUUUUGAAAAACAAAGAAAAUCGGAGAUGGCAAAGCAAACCAAUUCAAAGGCCAUAGUGAACGAGAAAAAAUAUGAUUUUGACACAUUCAAGUGGAUGUUGGUGUAUAAUAUGAAUGUGCCGCAAAAAAAUAACAAGCGACAUGGUACAGCCGGUGCAGGAGGUUCGGCUGGUGGUUUCUCCUCAAUGGGGGCCCAGAAAGUUCAUGAAGAAACUUCGGAAACUAGCAGUGAUUCAAGUGAAAGUGUAAAGCACAUAGAUGAAAGGCCUUCAACCUCGGCUACAGCUCAACAACAAUUGCAGCAGAGACGUUGCAAACCACCCACCACAAAUAUGGAAUCGAGCGAUGUGAAGAAACGUUUUGUAAAAGAGACCAACACCAAGAGGAAUCAAAACUCCACUUCUCCCCCAGCUACGUCGUCUUCGGAAAAUGAGCAACGUUAUUUUUUUCAGAACUCCAAAAAAAUGCCUGGACCCCAUCGAAGAUUUCCUCCUACCGGUGGCGGAGGAAGAGAAAUACAAAUCCAUGAAAAAUUACUUUGUCCCAGCAGUUCUGAAGAGGCAAAUAGCCAGGAUGUACUUACACCUAUGCAAUUAAAAGUAAAUCCACCAAAUAAUUUGCGCCAGAAGGCAAUAGCAACAAGGGAUUCAAAAAACUUAUCAUGCCUGGCCAACACAAAAGAAAAUGAUUCGGGUUUUCGGUUACACCGUCUUAAUAGGGAAAUCGAUAAAAAAUCCUCCUCCUCAAUGGUGGAGCACAAGGAACCCAAGCCGAUUUCAAGAGACAAAUUGAUAGAUGAAAUUGACAAAAGCAUAGACUUGGAACAACAAAUAUCUUCAUCAACUCAACAAAUCGGUGUAAAUAAGCAACAGCGAGAACUAUUCAAAACUCCUACAGUGCCGCCAAAGUAUAUUCAUAAUUCAACAUUGGGCGAAACGACUAUAAACAAAACUACUACGCCAUCUGCUGCACCCAAAGGCGCUACCUCAACAACAUCACUCGAAUCUCAAACUAAAACUUCUGCUGCUGUUGCUGAAACUACCAAUAUUCCUGAAGCCACAUCCUCAAUGGUCGAUGUCAAAUUGGAAAAUGAAGACAAUGAUUAUGAUGGCGUCUACCAUCAACAACAUGAAUUUUGUAAUUAUUUGGGCUUAACAGGAAUGUCCACGGCUACCGCAAUGGCCAAUGCUGUGGCUGAAUUAGCUCAGUGUAAUUUAACACGACGUUCAAUGCGUGUGCUACGUCAACAACAACAAGAGCGAAAAGAAAAAUCUGCCAAAGAAGAACGUGAAAUGUGGGCCUUAAAAGAGAAACAAUUGAACGAGUUGAAGAAACACAAUCGUGGGCCUCGACUAGGUAGUUCGACCACAACGACAACGACAACAAUGACCGAUAAUAAUGAGCAACGGAGACGUGAGGAAAGAACAAAUUCUGAGCCUAUUUACUCUAUAUUAGCGCCAAAAGAAAAGAAAAUUAGCAACACUUCACAGAACUCGUCUAAGGCCGUAGUAAAGACGGAACAACCACAAAUAAAAAUUCUCUGUCAUAUCGCUGCCUCACCACCAGCAGACCACAAAGGCGGAGAAGACGAAGUCGAUAGUAUUCUCAAUAAAGAAUGUAUAAGAGAAGUAACUCCACCACCAACACCGCCACCUGUCAUGCCCCUAAGAGAGUCUUUAAUGCGUGGAGCUAAACGACAACAACAAAAGCAUAAUAAAGAAGGCAAAGAGAUUAAAAGUGAAUUUAAGACUGACUGUUAUCUAGCAUCCGAUGAAGAAAGAAAGGAUAGUUUGCCACAACUAGAAUCCUCCUCGCCAUCUAUAAGUGAAAGUCGUAAGAAAACAUUAAAAUCUCCUCGCUUAACAUCACAUAAAUCCACUAUCAAAGUAGCUGGACAAAGUACAAACCUUCAAGUAAAUGAUGAAAAUAAAGAACAAUCAACAGCAGCAGCAGCAACUACAACAAAACUUCUUAAAGGGCAAACUCAACUGCAAUCUCCGCCAAGGCAAAUGACAACACCCCAUACGCCUACAGUUUAUAAAACUCAAAUUCUGUGUGAUUCUCCAGCAACCAUAACUUCCCGAAAAUCGCACUUCAAGUCUAGUCUGUCUGUAAGCAAUGAAAUUGCCAACAACAAAGAACAACAAAUCGACAGUUCAAUGGAAAUAAAAGAUAUUUCUGGUGGCGAUGAAAAUCUGCAAGUAAACGACCGAGCUCUUACACCCACCUCUGCUGUCAUAAAGGAGAAAUUGCAAGCUGCCCUAGAGGAGUCACGCAAAACAAAGCCCAGUAUUUUUAUUGUACAAACAUUGGAAAGUACAACAGAGACUAAUAAAACACCAACGAAAACAGUAUCCUUAAAUGGGGGUUUCCUCGAUAAAGCAAAAUUAGAAACUAGAACAACAGCCACUAUAAAUAUACAAACAACACCAACAAGCACAAGGCAAAAGAAAUUGGUUGAAAACCUCAAUCUGCUGGAUAAGAAGAGAUUUGCCAAUAUAACCUCUAGAAUGGCCAAGGUUAUGGGUAAAAAGAAUGGAACAAAGAAUUUACUUAGGACUCGCCAUAAGAAACAUGCAUUGUCUUGUAGUUUAAGAAGUGCUCCCAAACGUGAACUUAGGGCACGAAAAAUAUUCCUUAUAAAAACCUCCUCCUCUGCCUCUAAAAAGGAAGGACAACUCAAGCAAACUACUAAAACUUCCAAAGAAUUGGAGGCAGUGCCAUCCAAGCCUAAUAAAAUAACAAAAUCCACCAAACCCAAAGAAAUAUCGAAUAAACCAAUCAGCGUUGGUGAAUCCAAGCCCCCCGAAGUCGUCAAUAACAACAACAACAACAAAAGUUAUCGUAAUGCUCAAACCGAGACUUGUGAUUUUGAAGUGUACAAUAUACGUAGGCGUACAAGGUUGAUGGCAAAAGCCUCGGCUUUGUUGCAACGCUCCAAGCGCCGCAUGUCUCUUGCCGGAGGUCCAGUAUUAAACUUUAGAUCAAAAAUGUUGCAAAAAUCCAAUGUUGGUCUUAAUACAAUGCAAAAAACGCAAAAACGACAGCCUAAGAUAUGGAUGAAAAGGGUAAAUGUCGAAGUUCAAACAAAAACUUCAUCUGCAUCAAGCACACCGCCUCAGCCGCAGCUGCUACAGGCGCAUACCCCCAAAAAAUAUGAUCAACAAAAUGAUGUUGUGGUAUUCAACAACAUACAGGUGAAACAAAAUUCUCCUUCCCCUUGCUGUAACCUGCAAGAAAGUGACAAUGUUGUGGUUUCUUCCACCACGAAUUGUUAUGAUGAAAGGCCCACACAAAGUCGCAUUCCCUCCUCCCCCAUUACUUUAAGAUCGGCACAUAGCACCGCCUCGUGUAUGGUAGUCUCAACGCCGCCGGAAACCAAAGACAAUUGGACUCAAAGUGAUGCCCCCACCAUUGACAAUGGAGCCAUACGAUUUCUCAAUCCCAUAUCAUCAACCCUACACAUGAUGCGCAAUCCCUUGAAUAGUGAUCAUGGUUUGGUGCAGUAUAUAUACUACGAAGUUGAUACACUCAUAGUGGUGCAAGAGCGUUUGAUAAGUUUUUGGAAAAGCUCAAGUUUGCUCAAUACCUUAUGGGCACAAGCAGCCUUAAAUGUUGGAUCCACACAGCAGCAAUCACAAAAAGCCUUAAACUCACUUCAAAGUAAAACAAACAACACAAUGUCACACAUGAUGCAGGACCAAAUACAAGUUCCUUUGGUGCGUAACAAUUUCAAAUCAAAGGUUUUUUCAUCUGCGGCGGUGUAUGGUGAAUGGUUGCCCUUGGGGGAGCUUAAACGUUUGCCAUAUGAUGAAGAAGUUCAGGCUCCCUAUGCCAAUCGAAUUUGUCUGCAUAAUUCUACUCCCAUUUAUGUUGAGAUGCGUGCUCGUCAAUUGCCUAAGAAUCAUCGUGAAUGUAAUCUCUUGUCAAUGUAUAUAAAUAUUUACUAUUUUCACGAUGAGGAUAUGAUAGCAAAAACAAAUUCUAUACCUUUGGAUACCAUACAAAGUGAACUUCAUUCUGUAAAUUAUACUACCCUUGUGGAUUCACGAUAUUUUAUAAUGACUUGGCCACAGGAAAAUCUUUUGGGCAAAACACGCUCGGGAUUAUGUAAAUAUUCGCUAACGCCCCAGUUGGAUACUUUGGCCAGCAUAAGGGAGUUUAAAAGUAUGCGUCACACCAUACGUUACCUUGAGUGCAUGAGUGAUGACAAAUUAAUCGGUUUUGGCGAUAGCCAAGUUACCGUUUGGGAUCAUCGCAGCGGUGAUGUUAUAAUGAACUAUGAUCUCGGUAUACCAUUGGGUAAAAAUCUCGGUUCUGUGUAUUAUCCCAGACAGGAAAUGGACCAAAAUAACAUGAUCAUCUUGUUUCAAUGUCGUGAUUUUAAAACUGAUGUGGUCGAUGAACCGCCCGAACUGUUAACACUUGCCUGUACCAUAGACCACACACAGACAUCAUAUCGUAUUUUGCGACAACAACUAUUGCCAGCCUCCUUUAAGAUAAUCAAAAGGGCCAUUAAUACCGGUGAACAUUUAGUGAUAACCAAUGCAAAUGAUGAAGAAAUUUGGAUUAGUUGUAAUAAUCCGGCAUUGAUGGUAUAUAUGCCAAAACAGCAGCAAGGGCGGCUACAGCAACAUCAAGAACAACUGCUACAACAGCAACAAGAGCGAUUUUAUAGCCGCUCAAAACCUCAUUUAGUCGAGCUUACUGGGCAAACCUUAAAUUUCGAUACAUUGGCAAAUUAUGUUCUAAAAUUAGCCGCUGGUAAGGCCUUACUGCAGAACAACAUUAUCUAAAUACCCAUUAAUUGUUUGUUUCAUUUAAUUCUUUUUAACUUAUCGAUGUAAUUAGUUAUUAAGUGCCCGUGUGUAUAGGUCUCGCCUGAUUUGUUUAGCAGUAAUUAGUGCAACGCAUCGCAUCGCGUCGCGUCGAAGUUUUUAAUUUUUCAA